AUGCGGCCGACUUGUACGGGAUUGACCUUGAGUAAACGGAUGGAACGAGGCGGCCGGCAAAAACCAAGUGCUCCUGAAGCAACUUUGAAUUCUCUCAACUCUGCCUCCAAGUCGCUUGAAUCUGCGGUGCCACGCUUUGCAAGCUUCAAACCCCGACCACCAACAGCAAGUCGCGACGACGAGAAGAACGAUCGAUCACGCACUGCUAGGUCGGUAGCCCCAGAAAAGCGAGGUGAUUGUCAUACAGAACCUCGCUUCAGCAAACAUCGAAAACAUCUACACAAGGAACAUGGCCGUAGCGGGAGGGCCGACAAGGAUCUUCCAACCUCCGCUUCUGGUGUCGACCUCGAUCUGCACCACUCGCCUGACCGAUCAGGCUACCGCAACUUGGACGAUGAAGACAUAGCUCAAUUCAGAGAAGAUAGAAGAAGUGAUGAGAACAAUGUCAGAUACGGUGCUCCAAGUCGGUAUACCGUGCCAAAAUAUCGUGAAGCUGGUCGGUAUGGCAUCCUUGGUCUCUCUAGAGAUUUCAAAACGACACCUGAGCUUGAGCCUGGCCGACGGCUGAUCACGGCUGAGCAUUUCCAUCCGGCUGACCGACGUGUAGCAAGAUCAUUGCGCACAGGUUUGUUGAAGGAGACAGGCCCGGCGCUCGUUGUUGCUCUAAAGAAGAAUGAUGCCGAAGUCGAUGCUCACAAAAGCUAUCUUCCAUUAUCACCAUAUCCUAGUCGAAAGCGACAAAAGCUGAAUGAUUGGCAUUCCCAUGCAGAAGGGCUCCCAGAAAAUUUACAACAAGAUAACAACUACGAUCACGAUCCCGACAAAUCUGCAGCCGGACAGAAUCUCGAAAGCCUUUCUACGAGCUCAGAUCCUGAUUCUGAAUCUGAGCACACGCCUGGUUCUGACUCGGGCGCUGGGAACAGCACGAGAGAGCGCCAUGUUCAUCUUUCAAGGCUUGUCAACGAAGAUCCAUCCAAUGUCAACGCGUGGCUGGCAUUGAUCCAGCACCAGGACCUCUUGCUCGCAGAGUCUGGUGGUGAUUUCACUCAAGUAUCGUCCGAUGCUCAGAAUCACGGACAUGCCGACGUCAAAUUGUCUAUGUAUAAGAAAGCCCUGUCCAAAACCAAAGGACAUCCUCUGCAAGAUUGGUUGGUGCAUGGCAUGAUGAUGGAGGGAGCUAAAGUUUGGGACAAUGCGAAAUUAACAAAAGAGUGGAAAUCUGUGCUGAAUGGGCUUCCGGAUAGUUUGCGCUUGUGGGUGCAGUACCUGACCUUUCGACAGACCAAUUUUCUGUCCUUCACCUAUGAGAGUUGUCGAGACCUUUUCAAGGAUUGUCUGAACAUGAUUCGAAAACGACAGGCUUCAUCUGAGUUGGAGGGUAUACGCAGCUACGUCUUCGUGCAAAUGACAACAUUCAUGCGCGAGGCGGGUUUCUCAGAGCACGCUCAUGCAUUAUGGCAAGCCAUCUUCGAAUACUGCUAUUUUGAGCCUAUGAGCGACCAGGCCGGUGACGAGCUCUUCUCAUUUGAGGAAUUCUGGGAUAGCGAGGUGCCUCGUUUGGGCGAAGAAGGUGCUCGAGGGUGGAGGAUGUCUCGGCGUAGUGAAGUGUUGCCUCGAAGUGAUCCUUUCAUUCCAACGACAACUUAUCAAGGCGAUAUUAGAGCCUGGAGUGUACAAGAGCAGCAGAAAAUGAGCUCGUCAACUUUGCCAGCCAGAACUCUCGAUGAAGUUGACGAGGAUGAUCCGUUUAGGGUGAUAUUGUUCUCAGAUAUUCAACCUUUCCUCUUCCGACCAUCUGGUGAAGAAGCUCAGAAACAACUCUUGCAAGCCUUUCUAUAUUUCUGUCAUCUUCUGCCGUUCCGACCAGGACCUCUCAAUGAUCGUUCGUUAUCUGAAGACGCGUUCAUUAAUAAUCCCCUCCGCGACGUCUGGGAGAUGAGCCUGGACGGUUGGAUCAUUCCGUCAGAACGAAGUCAACCAUUUGAUUUCCCCAUGCCGUCCUUUAUCAUAGACACAGCAUCUCUGUGGAGUGACAAUGAAUAUUGGCCCAAUCCGUGGAGAGGCCUCCACUCUGUACUGUCCAAUAAAGUUCGCUGCGACUGGGUCCAGCGAUCUUUACAGCAGCUUCUUGCUGCUUCACCUAAAGAUGAGCUCCUAGCAGAGUACAUUCUAGCUUUCAACACCCAAGUUGAUGUCAAGGAAGCUCGCAAAAAGGCCAAAAGUCUCCUCAAGCACGACUCGUCAAUUCGGCUGUACAAUGCCUUUGCCCUGCUGGAAUGCAGUACUGGCAAUUUUCAAGCUGCGGAGCGGGUUUGGUGCACAACUCUGUCCAUGCGUCCAUCAUUCUCCAAAACGAGUCAGCAAGAUGUUAUACUGAUCUGGCGAUCCUGGCUAUGGGCACUGCUGGAUCGGCGGGACUUCUCCAGAGCCUUGAGAGUGUGCCUGGCCGUUGCGGACGAAAAAGUGACACUGGAUGACCUAUCUCAAUCUGUGGCAGCAUACUCAGAAGGACAUCCGACCACCAAGCUCCGGGCUCAUCAAUACCUGUCAUCUCACCUCAACCAGAACCUCUCCUUGAAUAAUCCCGACCUCUCAGUCCACUAUCUAGACGUUCUGACCGUUUGGACCUACCUUACCUCCGACCACGACUUAGCGGCAUCUCUCGCGCACUAUACAACAACCUCAACUCAUCCCACAAUCUCCCAAUCCCCCUCAGCACUCUGCCUCGUCCACCAAUCCCGCGCCCGCUUGCUACACCUUCACGCCAGAACAUCCCGGUCCGGCUACAGACCAUCCGACAUCACAAUCCCACUCUCAGAGUCCAUCCGUCUCUUCCCUGGUAACACCAUCUUCCUUUGCCUUUACCACUUCCACACGCGUCGCUUUCUCCUCACAGACCGCAUCAGAGAAGUCAUCCCCACGCUCGCUAUGGCUUCAUCCACCAACCAACUAUCAACAACAGCAACAGCAACAGCAAGCCACAUGCUAAAUCCAUUGCUACGACCCAUAAUCCCAACCCUCUUCCACAUAUACAGCGAACUCAACCGCCCCACCUUCGCAGGAAGCACAUCCCAUUCCAUCCGCGCUGCAUUCGAAGAAGCCGUCGCCUCACCCCAUGACCGGGAUCCCGUCUCCAAAACCUCACCAGCAGGCCGUCACAGCCCAAUCAUAUGGAAACUCUACAUUCUCUGGGAGGUGCACGUCGCUUCCAGCCCACCAGCCACCAAGAAGCCCGCCCAAUCCCCACCAAUGAGACCACCGAAAAAGAGCACGUCGGCGGAGAGCAAGAGAGAACAUGCGGCGGACAGGGCAGUCGGUGUCUUUCAUCGCGCCAUCCGCGCCUGUCCCUGGUGCAAGAGCUUGUACAUGCUUGCGUUCAGCGUGCCUGACCUUCGGGAUGCGAUGGGCGAGGAGCAGCUGCGCGGCGUGUAUGACUUGAUGCAGGAUAAGGGCUUGAGGGUGCAUGUUGAUCUGGAUCUGGAUCUGGAUGAUUGCACCGCCUGA